CUAUCAGUGCAGUCCAUCACUGAAUCAGUUUUUGGGUUUGAGUUUUCUCUCUCUCAAAUCCUUUCUUUGGAAAUUUCUUAAAGAAAGAAUCUGAGACAGAAAAUUUUGUGUUCCUACAUUCUUCUUCUUCUCUGUUUCUUUCCAAAAUUGAGAAAAAAAAACAGAGUGUUUCUUAUUUAAGAGAGAUUUGGAAUUUUUAAUGCUUGAUUUUUGGGUGAUUAAUUGAGUGAAAUUAAAAGUGUGUUUUAAUUAUUUUACUCAUUUUAAAUCGCGGGGUUUCAUCAAUUUCUUUUCCAUUCAUCUGUAUCUCUAUAAAUUCAGUGAACUGGUUUUGAGUUGUUACAAACAUUAAUUCUCGUUGAGUCAUAGAAUUAGAGUGCGUGUGUUUGAAGAAUUCCAAUUAUAUAAAUUCACAUCGCAGAUUCCAAAUGCCUUCUUCAUAAUCCCACUUCACAUCUCUUCUGUGAUUCUUCUCCUCCUCUGCUCUGUUCUCUUCCUGAAUUUGCAGAGUGAGAGAAUAACAAACAAUGGCAUCUGUAAAUCUACUUCCGGAGACGUUUCAGGCAACAAGAGAUGAUAUUCUGAUUCAAUUAAAGAUGGUAUUUGAAGCACUAAAAUGGCCAUUAAUCAUACCAAUUCUCAAGAUUAUGCUCUUCUUUUGUUUGAUUAUGUCGGUAAUGUUGUUCGUUGAGAGAGUUUAUAUGGGAAUUGUUAUCAGUUACAUAACAUUGUUUGGAAGAAAACCAGAAGUGAGAUACAAGUUUGAGCCCAUUAAAGAUGAUGAAGAAUUAGGGAAUUCCAAUUAUCCAAUGGUUCUUGUUCAAAUCCCAAUGUACAAUGAAGAUAAGGUUUAUCAAUUGUCGAUUCGAGCUGCUUGCGGUCUAUCAUGGCCGUCGGAUCGGAUUAUUAUUCAAGUCUUGGAUGAUUCAACUGAUCCUGCCAUUAUGGAUUUGGUACAGUUGGAAUGCCAAAGAUGGGCAAGCAAAGGAAUAAAUAUUAAAUAUGAAAUCAGAGAAAAUAGAGUUGGUUACAAAGCUGGUGCACUUAAGGAAGGAAUGAAACAUAGUUAUGUUAAGCAAUGUGAUUAUGUUGCUAUUAUGGAUGCUGAUUUCCAACCUCAGCCUGAUUAUCUUCACAAAACGAUUCCUUAUUUCGUCCAUAACCCUCAAAUUGGUCUUGUUCAAGGUCGUUGGAGAUUUGUGAAUGCCGAUGAGUGCUUGAUGACAAGAAUGCAAGAAAUGUCAUUGGAUUAUCAUUUUAAGGUUGAGCAAGAAGUCGGUUCUUCGACCUACGCUUUCUUCGGUUUCAAUGGAACUGCCGGUAUCUGGAGAAUUGCUGCUAUCAAUGAAGCUGGUGGUUGGAAGGAUCGUACAACUGUUGAAGACAUGGACCUUGCUGUCCGUGCUAGUUUGAAGGGUUGGAAAUUCCUUUACCUUGGAAAUGUGCAGGUAAAAAGUGAAUUGCCAAGUACGUUCAAGGCUUUCAGAUUUCAACAACAUAGAUGGUCAUGUGGACCAGCUAAUCUGUUCAGGAAAAUGACAAUGGAGAUUGUCAGGAACAAGAAAGUGACACUAUGGAAGAAAGUUUACACACUCUACAGUUUCUUCCUUGUUCGAAAGGUCGUUGCUCACAUCGUCACGUUUAUUUUGUACUGUCUUGUAAUUCCUGCAACCGUUUUCAUUCCUGAAGUCGAAAUUCCAAAGUGGGCAGCUAUUUAUAUUCCCUGCGUCAUUACCAUUCUUAAUGCAUUUGGAACACCAAGGUCUGUGCAUCUACUGGUUUUCUGGAUCCUAUUCGAGAAUGUUAUGUCAAUGAACCGUACCAAGGCGACAUUUAUCGGUUUAUUUGAAACCGGAGGCAGAGUAAACGAAUGGGUUGUCACUGAGAAACUAGGAGAUGUUAAUAAAACCAAAACAGCAGCCGUUAAUGCUAAACCAGCAGCAGUCAACAAGAAACCCAGAUUCGCAAGAAUCGGAGAAAGAUUAUUCAUGUUAGAGCUUUGCGUUGGCAUGUACCUAUUCAUCUGUGCCUGUUACGAUCUGGCUUACGGGAAGAACCAUUUCUUCAUAUACUUGUAUGCACAAGCAGUUACUUUCUUCAUCAUGGGGUUCGGCUAUGUCGGCACUAUCAUCCCUUCCUCUUAAAAAAGGCGAUACGACAUUAUUAUUCAUCCGUCCAAUUGGCGAUAUCGUCGUGUCACUAGUCGACAAUCAUAAUCAUCUGUAAUCUCUCAUCGCCAUUGUCCCAACAAGACAGCAACAACAACAUAAAGGAGCAUUGUCAUCUCUUUUUCGAUUCUUUUUCUACUUCUAAAGCAAAAUAGUUAUUGGGACUUGAUUAGUUCUGUUUGUCGUCUUUUUUUUUUUUUUUGGAUAGAAGUUUUCUCGAUGUUUAGGAAUGGAAAACAAACAACAAGAAAGAAAUUUUGAAUUUGGAUAUUUAUUAUAUAUAUGGGUUUGUGAUCAUCAUCAUUCA